GAGAUUUUUAACUGAAUAUAUAAUAUGUUGUAUUUUUGUGAUUUGUAAAUAUGCGAAGAGUGCACAAAUCGAAAAGGCUUACUUGGGCACCGGAUGUUAACCUUUGUCAGAUAAGGCUGUUUCUAUCUGAGGAAUCACCUUCACAAGUUGGGUUGGGCGCUCAAGAUCACCUCCAAGCAAAAACCUCUUUGGUAUCACAUUUAAAUGUGGCAGCUUUGGAUAACUUCCUGCCUCCUGGCUUUGGAGGAGUUCAUUCUACAAAUCAUCUGCAGAUUAACUUGUCGGUAAUCCCUGUCAUUAAAUGGAAAUGUCCUCUCAGAUUUGUAUUGGACUUGAAUUGGCAAGUAGUUGCAGGAGAGGAAAGUGAAGAGGUGGAGAUUCAGAAUCAGAGAGAAGUGAGAGUGCUUGAAGCUGUUUAUCCACGCCCAUCUGCAGUUCCUACAAACCCUUUUGUUUCAGCAGACAUAAAAAACUGUCACUAUGAUGAUCAGCAAACUCCUCAAAUACCCAUCACUCCUAUUGAAGAUGAGGAUGCAGCAAUUGAAACAUCAUUUGACAUCUUAGCACCAUUCAGUGCCCCCAUUAGUUCACAGCCUCAGUUGUUGGCUGCUGGUAUUUUGCCUCCUCUGCAUUGCAGUAUGCCAAGCGUUUCAAGUGCUUCAGCCAAUGAAAAAACAGCAGCUGGAAUGGUCCUUAAUGUUGAACCCAGUGUAGCAGCUGCUGCCUUUACAGCAAUUAACCAAAGCAAUGAAUGUGGAAACAUGAUUGAUCCUGACUUGCUCGUCAAAAUUCUCAGCAACCCGAAAUUGAUUGCGAAAGUAGUUACAGAUUAUGGAGUGGCUUCAGGUGCACAAAACUUACCUAAAUCGACAUCCCCUUUGGCACCUUCAUCUAACCCACCUCCACCUGUAAAUCUAUCCGGUCCAUCUCCUGCCCACUUCAAUAGAACAGAAAAUGGUACUGCAUCCCUAGCACUUACUUCUGGUGGAGCGUUUUAUGCUCGGCCAAAUGGGGCUGGAGUUGGACCCUCAAAUAAACCUGGUCCUGUUCCCAGUGUCUGUCUAGUUUCGCCUUCACCUGCCGUUGGACUUCCUCUGAAGGAUGUAAACUAUUACAAGAACUUGAUUCAGCAGCAUGGAGGAGAAAGACAAGGACCAGCUCAGAAGUUCAACAGCCGAUACAAUUACCUCCUAAGACCGAACCAAGAAUUAAUAAAUAAUCCCAAAUCAAGAGAUUCCAAGCUGAAGAUAAUGAAGCCUUGUAUAUACUUUAACAGUUCCAGGGGAUGCAGGAAUGGAGCUAGUUGUGCGUACCAACAUGAUGCAUCGUCUCAGAACGGCGGCAAUAAUGCUCCGGACCAGCCGAAUGCAAAGAGAAUGAAAAUGGAUAGAGAGAUAGGCCGUUAGAAAAUACUAGUAGCUCUGUAUUUUUUUCCUUCGCUGGCUUGGUUUUUUUUCCUUUUUUCAUGCAUUAAGAUUUAAGUUAAUGGGGCGAGAGAGCCCUGAUAAUCACAAUCAAUUGCGGAUAUUCAUCUUUAAGAAAGGCUUCAUUUUUUUUGUUUC